AUGGAUGGGGUAUUCAAGGAAGUGAACAAAAUAAAAAACGAAAGUGAAACUGAAGAUAAUGAUGAUAACAAUGGAGGUAUAAAUGAUGCAAAAUCUUCUGUAUUUGUAAAAUCAACAAAAAUCCCAGAAAAAACAGAUGUAGUAAAAGGGAUAAAUUUCGAAAAAAAAGUAAAUUUACAUGAAUUUAUUAAUCAAUAUAAAUAUAUGGGUUUUCAAGCAACUAAUUUAGGUAUAGGAAUAGAUGAAAUAAAUAAAAUGAUUCAUUAUAAAUUUUUCGAUAAUAAAGAAGAUAUAAAAAAUGAUUCGAUAACAUAUGAUAAUAAAAAAAAGUGUAUGAUAUGGUUAUCUUUUACAUCUAAUAUGAUAUCAAGCGGAUUAAGAGAGAUAUUUGUUUAUCUAGCCAAAAAUAAUUAUAUAGAUGUUGUUGUAACAACUGCUGGGGGUAUAGAAGAAGAUUUAAUAAAAUGUUUUUCAAAAACAUAUUUGGGUGAUUUCAAUUUAAAUGGAUCAAAAUUAAGAAAAAAGGGAUGGAACAGAAUAGGCAAUUUAAUUGUUCCUAAUGAUAAUUAUUGUAUGUUUGAAGAUUGGGUUCAGCCUCUAUUAGAUAAAAUAUUACGUGAGCAAAAUGAAAAAAACGAGGAAUUAUUUCUAAGAAAACUAGAGAAAAGAAAAAAAAAGAUGGAAAUGGAAAAGGAAAGUCAAGGUCUCAAUAAGUCCAAUCAGCAAUAUUUAUCAUUUGAUGAAGAAGAAGAUGAUAUGUUUUAUUUAAGUCCUUCUGAACUUAUAAAUAGAUUAGGAAAAGAAAUAAAUGAUGAAACUUCUUUAUUAUAUUGGUGUUAUAAAAAUAACAUUCCAGUAUUUUGUCCUGGAUUAACAGAUGGAUCAUUAGGGGAUAAUUUAUUUUUUCACAAUUAUGGGAAAAAAAUGAAAAAUAAUUUAAUAUUAGAUAUAGUGAAAGAUAUAAAAAAAAUAAAUUCAUUGGCAUUAAAAUGUCACAAAUCUGGAAUAAUAGUUUUAGGUGGUGGUUUGCCAAAACAUCAUGUAUGUAAUGCUAAUUUAAUGAGAAAUGGAGCCGAUUUUGCAGUUUAUGUUAAUACAGCUAACGAAUAUGAUGGUAGUGAUAGUGGGGCAAAUACUACAGAGGCAUUAUCAUGGGGAAAAUUAAAAUCUGGAAACAAUAUUAGUCAUGUUAAGGUUUUUGGAGACGCUACUAUUUUGUUUCCACUUAUGGUUCUUAAUUCGUUUUAUCUUCAUAAUCAUGGUGAAAAGGAGAAAAAAAGUGAUUAG